CCCUGUGCUAGAAUGUCUAAAAGCGCUACAUUUCAUCAAAACAGAUUCAAACCUGUGAACGUUUGAAGGAAACCCAGGCUUCUCCGAGGGGCGGCACUUUGUAGUUAUGCCAUCCAAACAGCCGAAGCAUCACCGCCCAUUCGGAAUGUCCUUGGAGACAAAACAUGCGCUCUCCUUAUGUGUGGCUGGCUACCUUUUGGUGGCUACCAGGUAGCUUUUAGCGAGCUAACAGUGUAAACAGAGGAUGGACACCGAUGAAGGAAUGGAGGUAGACGGCUGGGAUGCCAGCCUGGAGGACGAGCUGGGCAUUUCCCUGGACGAGCUGAAGAAGUGGAUCGAGGAGGCGGUGGAGAAGAGCGAGAUGGUGCAGAAGAAAAAGGCCCAGCUGAACGAGCUGGAGCAGCAGGUCAGGAAGAAGGAGGAAGAGGAGGCCAUGACGGAGAAGCUCCUCAGGGAUGCCAAGCAGUCAGUCACCGAGUGUGAGAUGCUGGUGAGGGCCACCUACCUGCAGCACGGCCUCGUGUACAAAGAGAGCAGCUCGGAGGACGAAGACGGCGGCGGACGCGUGAUGGCCUCCGAGGUCAUCGAGAUAGACGACGACGACGAUGACGAUGACGACGUCAUAGCCGUUGGCUGUCUGGUGCCCCCACAGACUCCUGUCACUCCUGGCAAAGAUUCAGUGAUGAAGGAGACGUCUACGGCACUCCAGAAAACCACAGAGCAGGUCAGCAAACUGGUCCAAAUAGUCACCAGGCCUUCUCCGGCGGCUUCCAUGUCCAGAUCUCCAGCACAGUCAGGUAUUCAUCCUGCAACACCAGCAGUGAUCAUAUCGCAAGUUCCCCCUCAGCCCAUGGCCCAGCCCAGCCCCAAAAAGAGGGAAGAUGAGCUCCGAGUCGGGAUGAUCAUUCUGGGGAAGAAACGGAUGAAGACCUGGCACAGAGGCACCCUGGUUGCCGUCAACCCCGUCGGGAACAAUACUUUCAAAUACAAAGUCAAGUUCGACAAAGGCAAGAGUCUGCUCUCAGGGAACCACGUGGCUUUCGACUACAACCCCACCCUGGAGAGUCUGUUUGUGGGUGCCCGGGUGGUGGCCAAGUACAAGGACAGCCAACAGGUGUGGCUCUACGCCGGGAUAGUCGCAGAGAUGCCCACCACCAAGAACCAAAUGAGGUUCUUGAUCUUCUUCGAUGAUGGCUACGCUUCUUAUGUCAACUUACCGGACCUCUACCCUGUGUGCCGACCACUGAAACGUACCUGGGAAGACAUAGAGGACGCGUCUUGCCGAGAUUUCAUCGAGGAGUACAUCACUGCUUAUCCCAGCAGGCCCAUGGUGCUUCUAAAAGUGGGCCAGAUCAUCAAAACCGAGUGGGAUGGAACCUGGUGGAAGAGUAAAGUAGAGGAAGUGGACGGCAGCUUGGUCAAGAUCCUUUUUCUGGAUGAUAAGAGAACUGAGUGGAUCUACAGGGGCUCCACCAGAUUGGAGCCCAUGUUCAACCUGAAGAUGACCACCGCCAACACCCAGGAGAAGAAGUUGGCCGGCCAGCAGAGGACACGACCAAAUAUGGGUGCGCUGAGAAGUAAAGGUCCUGUCGUCCAGUACACCAGUGAUGGUCAUCUUGGAGCUUCUCCUGUCAAGUCCCCACCCCCCCAUAGCCUGCCGGCAGCUCAGAUUCAACAGCCACCAGCCCAACAAACCACUCAGCUCACUCAGUCGCCACGUGUUGACUCUAAACAUCAAAUGGCCAAGAAGAGCACUUCUCCCUUCAUCCCUGGCGUGGGAGGCACGAAUGCCUCCAGAGUCAUGCAGCCUCUGUCUUCCAGUCCCAGCAACAUGCAAAGAAUGGUGACCCCUGCAGUCAGCAGCAGCUCGCAACCUCAGCAGUCGUACCAGAGACAGGUGACCACUUCCGUCACCCCGCCCGUGGCGUCCCAUCCCGGGGCCACCAUCCCGCACCAGCCGUCAUACCGCGCGCCCACCGAACGCAUCUUCUACACGACGCACACCUGCCAGCCGGCCUGCCUGAGUCGCGUGCGGCCGGUGACGCCAGAUCUGCACCGGGGCAAGAACCCCCUCCUCACGCCGCUACUGUAUGACUUCAGACGGAUGACGGGCCGACGCAAAGUCAACCGUAAAAUGACCUUCCAUGUGAUCUACAAGGCCCCGUGCGGGCUGUGCCUGCGCAACAUGGCCGAGAUCCAGCGCUACCUCUUCGAAACACACUGUGACUUCAUCUUCUUGGAGAUGUUCUGCCUGGAUCCCUACGUGCUGGUCGACCGGCCCUUCCUGCCGCUGAGGCCCUUCUAUUAUAUUCCAGACAUCACCGGAGGAAACGAGGACAUCCCGCUUUCCUGCGUCAACGAGAUUGAUUCCACGCCACCUCCCAACGUUGCCUACAGCAAAGAGCGCAUUCCUGAAGACGGCGUGUUCAUCAACACCAGUUCGGACUUCCUGGUCGGGUGUGAUUGCACUGAUGGCUGUCAGGACAAGUCCAAGUGCUCCUGCCACCAGCUGACCCUGCAGGCUACCGCCUGUACUCCGGGGGCACAGAUCAACCCAAAUGCUGGCUACCUGAACAAGCGCUUAGAGGAGUGCCUGCCCACGGGGAUCUACGAGUGCAACAAGCGUUGCAAGUGUUGCAGCCAAAUGUGCACCAACCGCCUGGUGCAGCACGGCCUGCAGGUGCGGCUUCAGCUCUUCAAGACCCAGAACAAAGGCUGGGGCAUCCGCUGCUUGGACGACGUGGCCAAAGGCUCUUUUGUCUGCAUCUAUGCCGGGAAAAUCCUAACAGACGACUUUGCCGACAAAGAAGGUUUAGAGAUGGGUGACGAGUACUUUGCUAACCUGGACCACAUUGAGAGCGUGGAGAACUUCAAGGAGGGCUACGAGAGCGAGGCUCACUGUUCAGACAGCGAGGGCAGCGGCGUGGACAUGUCCAGGUUAAAAAUCCAACCAUCGGCCUUGUUGUCGGCCAGCUCUUUUGGACGACAGGCUAAAAAAGAUGACAGCUCAGGCUCGUCCGAGGACAGCAACGGCGAGGACGACAAAGACUCAAAAAGCGAAGACGAGAGCGACAGCUCAGACGACACGUUCGUGAAGGACAAUUAUUACAGCAGCAGCUCUGUGUGGAGGAGCUACACCACGCGUGGACAGGCCAAAGGCAACAAGGAAGGGAGUCAGGAUGAUAAAGAUGGGACUUCCGUGUCAGCCAAAGGAGACGAGAAGUCGCUGUCCGUGCCAGAGGAGACGGGAAAAAGCAAAGUGGCCUCCUGGCUCACCAGCCAGGGAAUGAAGAAGGAGUCUGGAGACGGCAAGAGCCAGGCGAAGCCCGAGGCGGCAAAGAAGCAGGACGUGACCACGCUCUCCGACAGCGACGAUGUCCAGACCAUCAGCUCGGGAUCCGACGACAACAAGGAGAAAGAGAAACCCCCCACAGGUGUGGUGAAGAAGCAGGUCGCCGUGAAGUCCACUCGAGGCAUCGCUUUGAAGUCCAGUCACAGCAUGAUGGUGAAGACGGGCACGCCCGGAGGCGGGGUGUCGCAAGGAGGGCAGGGGGCAAAAUCGGGGCAGCAGGCGCAGACGGGAGGGGGAGGGGACAGCGGCCACAAAAACACCCGACUCUUCUUUGACGGUGAAGAAUCGUGUUACAUCAUUGAUGCCAAGCUGGAGGGAAACCUCGGCCGCUACCUGAACCACAGCUGCAGUCCCAACCUCUUUGUCCAGAACGUCUUUGUGGACACACACGACUUGAGGUUCCCUUGGGUGGCCUUCUUUGCCAGCAAGCGUAUCCGGGCCGGAACCGAGCUGACCUGGGACUACAACUAUGAGGUUGGCAGCGUGGAGGGCAAAGUGCUGCUGUGCUGCUGCGGCUCCACCGAGUGUAGAGGAAGACUUCUUUGAGCUUUCUCUCACUGCCCUCUGCUCCUUUUUUAAAAAAAAACAAACAAAAAAAACCCAACUGUCAUUGUUUUUUUUUAAGUGGUGUCUUUUAAUUUUUUUUUUAGAUUAGCGUUUUAUGUUUUUGCAUUAUUUUAUAUGCAUAUAUUUCAUUUGUCCUUCGGCAAGUUUAUUUGCAUUUGAAUAAAAUGUAAUUUUCCUCCAAGGAA